CUCCUGAGACCUACGGUAUAGCAUACUAUACCUUGAUGUUUGAUUUUUUCUCCGUGAGAUGGCAGUAGUUUCUUGAGUUUCAACUGCACAGAGCAGUUCUAUAGCAUCUCUAGUUGCUAUCUACGUCGUUGUUGUGAUCUUAUUCUAUAACCUCACUUUUGUAAAUGUUUUUGUUCAACGAUGGAUUCUUCAAAGGCGAGCACAAGCAAACAAUCAACUUCAAUUUUCAAUGUGGAACAAGAUGCAGGUCAACUGGCUGAUCUGCUGGAUAUGUCCGAUUUGGAUCUUUCUGACCUGGAUUUAGAGGAUGAUGAGGAUGCAGACCCAACCUUUUUACCAACCCCAGACAACACUACUCAGAUUGGGUCAACUGAAUCUGAUCACCACAGUGGAUCAGAAGAGAGCAGUGAGGAUGAAGAGACUCGAGGACACCAAGAAUCUAAUGAAGAAAAUGCUGAGACUAGACGAGAGGGAUGGCGGAGGCGUUAUUUCAACCCAUCUCAGAAGCCAGAUGUGUCUCCAUUUGUAGCUUCAGACCACCACAAUUGGGAUGAGAUAAGCUAUUUCAAUCAAUUCAUCGAUGAUGAACUUUUCACAUUAAUUUCAGAAAAAACAAACCAGCAAUAUUUUUUUGAGAAACAAAAACUUUUGAAUUCUACUCCACAAGAGAUCAAGUGUUUCUUUGGAAUUUCAUUUGUGAUGUCAUGUUUACAAUAUCCAAUCUUGAGAAUGUAUUGGCAAAGAGAGUGGAAAGUGCCUAUAAUUUCAUCUGCAAUGACCAGAGAUAGGUUUUUUACUCUACGGUCAAAUUUGAAACUUGUGUUUGAUAAUGAGAUACCUGAUGAUAGUAGGAAGGCUGAUCGGCUUUGGAAAGUUAGGCCUCUCUUUGAUAGGGUUCUCAAGGGUUGCUCUGAGUUGGAAAGGGAGGAGCAUCUGUGUGUUGAUGAAAUGAUCAUACCUUUUACUGGUAAUCUAGGAAUAAAACAGUAUGUAAAGGGCAAGCCAAACCCUGUUGGCCUAAAAGUUUUUGUCUUGGCAAAUUCAAAUGGGGUUGUGCUGGAUUUACUUCCCUAUCAGGGAGACACAACUUUUCCUCCAGAUUAUGCUAAAUAUGGUGUUAGUUCAGCUUCUGUAUUAUAUCUAGUAAGAAAUCUUGAGCCAGGACAUGUAAUUUUCCAUGAUAGAUAUUUCACCUCCUUAAAACUUACUGAUGAGCUUUUGAAACGUGGGUUGAAGUCAGUGGGAACUGUGAUGUUGAACAGAGUCCCCAAGACAGUGUGCCCUCUUUCAGAUAAGGAGAUGAGUAGAAAAGGAAGAGGAACAAUAGAUGUAUUGGUGAGGAAUGACCAUGAAGUAGCAGUAACAAAAUGGAUGGACAAUAAAUCGGUACUAAUGUUGUCUAGUAUGUUAGCUGAUGAGCCAGUGAACCAGUGUCGUAGGUGGUCUAAAAAAGAAAAAAAGUACAUCUUUGUGAAUCGGCCUGCUGUAGUUAAACUUUAUAAUGAGAAGAUGGGGGGAGUAGAUUUAGCUGAUAGGAUGAAUUCUUAUUGCCCAAUCAGAAGCAGAACAAAGAAAUGGACAGUUAGGACAAUUUCUCAUUUAUUUGACUUAUCUGUCAGCAAUUCAUGGCUGAUUUUUCGUCAAGAUAGGUUGAGAGAAGGUGAGAUGCUAAAGAAUAUUCAGCAGCUCAGAUCAUUUAAGAUGACACUAGGUCAAAAAAUGAUUGCAGCCAGCCAAGUCACUCAACACACCAACGAGAGUGAGAGUGAGAGUGACAUUGAGGAGGGUCCAUCAGGGAAAAGGAGGAAAGUAAUUCCAUUUCCACCUGAAUAUCAGAGGAAAUUGAAUGCAGACCAUAUGCCCAUCAUGAUAUCUGGGAACGUAUAUCAAAAAUGCCGUAAGCCAGGGUGCAAGAAGUUAUGUAGGACAAAAUGUUCAAAAUGUAAAAUCUUUGUGUGUCUGAAUGCAGAUAGGAAUUGUUUCAGUGCAAUCCACAAGUAAUAAAAUGUAGUUAAGUGUGAACGAUAAAUUAAAUGUAAUAAUAAUUGAAUAUUAAUUAAAUAGGCCUAAGUUAUAAUUAAGUUUAGUGUUGUUUGAAUAUUAAUUUUAAAAUAAAGUAGAAUACCAAUCAAUGUUGAUAAUUAUUCUAUUUCAUACAUUUUUUGAAAUUUUGAUUAGUGGUUCGAUUCCAUCAAUAAAUAAAUAGGCCUAUAAAAUAUCAUUAUACAAUAUUAAAAGCGUUAUAAUUUUAGUUUUAAUUACCUAAAACUGUUAUUUGUAAUAAAAUUUGUCAUGAUACAGACAAAAUACUAAGUUCUGUUGAAUUAAGAGAGACUCAAACAUAGCUGAGACCUGGUGUAUAGUAUACUAUACUUGCCCCCCCAUGACCCCCAUGAGGGGGAAAAAUCUGGAAAAAUGUUUUUUACCAUCCAGGGGGAGUAGGAAUGGGAGCAAGAUGGUUGAAAAGUGCAUUUAAUAACUGCCUGAGUGCCAGGUCUCAGGAGGUUA